AUGACUCCGUUAUCGUUGAUACUCACAUUACUAUUUACCGUGUCAUACGUACAAGCUGAUAUAUUUCAAAAUCUGUUUGGCCAGCAAAUGAGACAACAGGAAGAGAAGUUUGACUAUCAAAAGAAGCAACUAAACUCAGAGUGCAGCAAGUAUCUCUGCCCGGAAAGUUUUGCUUGUGUUUCAAAGCCAAUCGACUGCCCAUGUCCAUUUCCAGAUUCUCAGCAGAAGUGUAUUCUUCCCGAUAGGCAAAAUUAUGUGUGCAUAGCCAAGACGGACAAAGCAGAUUUAAAGGGUUUCAAAGGUGAGAUACGAGAUUGCUCGUGGGUCAGAAAGGCAUACAAGGGAAAGGUGUGA